AUGAGGCUCUCUCCGACUCCUGCUCUGGAUCCAAGUCUGGCUGGUAGUCUGGUUCUACUACAUCUAGCUGUGGUGGCUGGUGGGCUUGCCUUGCUCUCAUCUGCCUCUGCCUCUGGGCUGGAGUCUGUCAGAUGCAGGCUCCAAGGCACCCCUCGUCCUCCGGCGUUCUCCCAGCACGGGGACUUUGUCAUCGGGGGUGUUUUCUCCAUGCACUACAACAUGCACACUGUGGAUCACAGCUACACCAGCAUGCCUGAGCCCCUGCAGUGCACAGGGAGUAUGGAUUCCCGUGAGUUGCGCUUCUCGCGCGCCCUGGUCUUCGCUGUUGAGGAGAUUAACAACAGUUCAUACCUUCUACCGGGUGUCACGCUUGGUUAUCAAGUGCACGACUCCUGCUCCUCGGUCCCGAUGGCCGUGAAAGUGGCCUUCCAGCUGGCUAACGGCAUGGACCCCAUGUUUGAUACCGGAGAACAGUGCUCUGGUUCGGCUACAGUGACAGCUAUUGUUGGCGAGUCUGCCUCGACGCCUACCAUCAGCAUGUUGCGCAUCAUCGGCCAAUUCGGCAUUCCUCAGGUGAGCCACUCUUCCACCUGUGCGUGUCUGAGUGAUAAGAAACAGUAUCCAACCUUCUUCAGAACCAUCCCCAGUGACCAGUUCCAGGCUGCCGCUCUGGCCCACCUCAUCAGGCACUUCGGCUGGACCUGGAUUGGGGCGGUCCGUUCCGACUCUGACUACGGUAAUAACGGGAUGGCGGCUUUCCUACAGGCAGCACAAGAGGAAGGCAUCUGUGUGGAGUAUUCUGAAGCCUUCUCCCGUACCAACCCACUCAGCAGAGUGCAACGGGUGGCCGACGUGAUCCGCAGCUCCACAGCAAGGGUGGUGGUUGCAUUCGUAGCCUCUGGGGACAUGAGAAUCCUGCUGGAGGAGAUGGAUCGCCUGCCCUCUCCGCCACGCCAGUGGAUCGGGAGCGAGACCUGGGUCACUGACCCAGAUAUGCUGCGCUUCGGCCUGUGUGCUGGGGCCAUCGGAUUUGGCAUCCAACGCUCUGUCAUCCCCGGCCUCAGGGACUUCCUCCUGGACCUCUCCCCACAGAAGGUGUCCAAUUCUCCCCUGCUCACUGAGUUCUGGGAGGGAGCCUUUGGCUGUAGACUGGGGAUAGGUGUUGGGGUUGAGGAGAAGGUGUGUGAUGGCAGUGAGGAUAUACAGCAGCUACAGGUUCCCUACACAGAUACAUCCCAGCUACGUGUCACUAACAUGGUGUAUAAAGCUGUUUACGCCAUAGCACACGCCAUCCACAGCAUUGCUUGCGAAGAGAGAGAAAACUCCACUGUGAACUGUGACAUAAACCUUCAUGUGAAGCCAACACAGGUCCUGGAGAGAUUGAGGAGGGUGAACUUCUCUCGUAAUGGGUACCAGGUGUCUUUCGAUGCCAACGGGGACCCAGUGGCCACCUAUGAGCUGGUCAACUGGCAGAGACGGGAGAGUGGGAAGAUGGAGUUUGUGACAGUGGGGCUCUAUAAUGCGUCCCUGCCUCCUGACCAGAGGCUUGACAUCGAGAAGGAAAUCACCUGGGUAAAGAACAGUACACAAAUACCUGUGUCAGUGUGCAGUGAGAGCUGUCCCCCAGGCACUCGUAAGGCUGUACAGAAGGGAAAGCCUGUAUGCUGUUAUGACUGUAUCCAAUGUGCAGAGGGAGAGAUCAGUAAUAAAACAGAUUCUUCAGACUGUCUGAUCUGUCCCGAGGAGUACUGGCCCAACGCUGAGAGAGACCGCUGUAUCCUUAAGCCUGUGGAGUUCCUGUCCUUCCACGAGGUCCUCGGAAUCAUCCUGACCGCCUGCUCUGUGGGCGGGUCUUGUCUGGCCAUCGCCACGGCAACUGUCUUCUACCGCCACCGAACUUCAGCCAUCGUCAGGGCAAACAACUCUGAGCUGAGCUUCCUGCUGCUCUUCUCCUUGGCUCUGUGUUUUCUGUGUUCUCUUACUUUCAUUGGCCGGCCCUCUGAAUGGUCCUGUAUGCUGCGUCACACAGCGUUUGGGAUCACCUUCGUCCUCUGCAUCUCUUGUGUUCUGGGGAAAACAAUAGUGGUGUUGAUGGCCUUCAGGGCUACGCUUCCAGGCAGUAAUGUCAUGAAAUGGUUUGGUCCUCCACAGCAGAGAUUGACUGUAGUGUCCUUCACGUUUGUCCAGGCUUUGAUAUGCACUCUGUGGUUGGUCCUGUCCCCUCCCUUCCCCAUUAAAAACCUCACUACCUACAAGGAAAAGAUCAUUCUAGAGUGUGAUGUGGGUUCAGCUAUUGGUUUCUGGGCUGUGUUGGGGUAUAUAGGACUCCUGUCUCUCUUAUGCUUUGUGCUGGCUUUUCUGGCUAGGAAGCUGCCUGAUAACUUCAAUGAGGCCGAAUUCAUCACCUUCAGCAUGCUCAUAUUCUGUGCAGUCUGGAUCACCUUUAUCCCAGCUUAUGUCAGCUCUCCUGGGAAGUUCACUGUAGCUGUGGAGAUCUUUGCCAUCAUCACCUCUAGCUUUGGGUUGUUCUUUCUAUUAUUUGUUCCUAAAUGCUUUAUUAUUCUGUUCAGGCCGGAGAAGAACACUAAGAAACACCUUAUGGUGAAGACAUCCAAUGAUAUACGUUAUUAAGAAAUGAUUGAGGGGAAAAACAUUGUAACGUUCAGUUAUAUGGUUUAUUAUACAGUUAGGUAGGACUAGUCUGACAGAGAUGACCAACAAUUUAGCAGCUAAUCAUUGGUAACAUUGUAAUUAGUAACAUGACACAGGUUCACUUUAGAUAUUCCAAUGUUAUGAGACAUUGUUCAAAUCUACAGUUUUUAAAUCUAAUUUGACCUGCUAAAUGAUGUGAUUAGCAGUAGCCUACAGAGUGGAACCACUUCCAUGUUGUUUGGAGAAAAGCUUUAAUCCUAUGAAUUGAUAUAACAUUGACGUGUGUCAUGACGUUGGCCUGUGGGUAAGGUUUAUGACCCCCCCAUAAAUACCUUUCCCCCUUCCCCUCUCUUACUGACCCUACUGAAGGACUGCUGUCCUGUUAAAUAUAGAG